UUGUAGGAGUGUCUUCCCCUAUCCCAUUAUUCUCUGGGGCUUAUAAAGUCUCCCAGUUCACCACGCAGACGCAGUCACUGCUCCAGUGAUAUCUCUCUCUUUCUCUCUCUGACUCUUGUCUCUCUGUCUCUCUCAACUCGCCGACUUUCCAUCCCAAAGCGCCACAACGCCAGGCUCCACGACUCUAACCAUGACUUGCUACCUGCCGAGUCUGCUCCUCGUGGUGUUGCUGUUCGUGAGCGGAGGGCACAGCCUCAAUUGCUACUCGUGCAUCAUGAACACCAACAAUACGGCGUGCAACGUGGGCGGCCCCACCACGUGUCCCCUCGCAUCGCAGGACACCUGCGCGACAAUUCUAUUCUACCAGGGCUCCUUCUACAUCGUCACCAAGCAGUGCGUGAGCAAGGCCAUUUGCGAUGCCGCCAAAGAAUUCGAAGGCAUCACCGCCAACGAAGCCAAGCUGAGCACCACGUGCUGCCAGAGCGACGGCUGCAACGUCAACGCCGCCCCUCGCCCGGUGGGCGCAGCUCACGUGACCCUGGCCCUGCUGGGCGUGGCCAUCAGCGUCGUGGUCAGCAGGGCUCUGGUGUAGGUCGUGACGUCACAGCCGCACCCCCCACCCCACGUGCCUGGGUUCGGUCCAAUCACUUUUCUCCUUCCAUUCGGUUGUCUUACGACGCUUCCACCAGUGGAGCUGUGCAACGUUUAAAUCGUCUAGAUUAUUGCGUUACUCUGCUAAAAAAGUUCAACGUGCGUAUGCACAUACAUAGAUACAAGUGCACUCGUCACGCAAAGACUAAUAGACUCAUCACAUAGAGACCCAUAGACUCAUCACACAGGGACCCAUAUACUCAUCACACAGAGACCCAUAGACUCAAUACACAGUUACCCAAGUGGGGAAUGAUAUACCAUCACUUAUAUAGAGCUAGACAGUGGAUCCUGUAUGGCAGAAGAUAAUGGAAAGGUCUUUAACCUGGACUGGGAACGGGUCAUGUAGGGUGUUCAGAGAGUGUGCGGAUGAUUGGGGGGUGAAAGGAAUUCCUAUACUCAAGGUUGGGGUGGUGGGUGGGGUUGCAGAUUUGUGUGACCCUUACCAAUGGCAUAUACAAGGUAUUGCUCGAUUUACCGAAUGGGAUGCAUUUCUCGAACAACAAAAAAGACAGACUAACGAGUAUAAAACUAAAUUUGUAAUUCGCAACGGCUUUACCCAUUUGGUUUAAUACUAAAAUUUGGGGGAUGUGUAUCGGACAGUCAUUCCAACUCGGGAAAAAAAAUAGCAAUACAUUUUUGCCACUUUUUAGGAUGCAAAAAAAGUGUAAUAACAUUAUUUUAAAAAACGUGAAUAUUACAACAAUUUAAUAAUAAUACAUUUGAAAGAACUAUUAAUAAAACAAAUUGCUGCAUGUUGGAAUGACCGGAGAGGGUGAGAGCUACCCCAGGUCAGUAGUGGGGCAUUACACCUGGUUAAAAUAUUAAAUAAAUGGUUUCGUUUUACUCGAAAAAUCAAAACACCGUCUGUCAUUUCUCAAUCGCGUUCACGCGAAACUUCGUAAACCGAAACGUUCGUGAUUCGAGGGAUAUCACCUGUACCUGAUUACAAUGCUUAUACCUCUCGUUCUAUGAUCUCUUACUCAACACACAAUUGUCAAACAAAAUGCAUGCAGUAUGUUGCUUGGAAGACGGGCGACUUCUAAUGGUUUUUACUUUUUAAAAUUAAAUUAAUCUUGCUCGAGUUGGUAACUUUGUGUGUUAUUUCACAGUGAUGUGUGACGAAAGUUCGCCAAUGACGCCCGUUUCAACCACUCGUGGAAAUCAGUCAGAAUCAGAUUAUUUAUUUAGUAUGGAGGAGGAAAUUUGAUGAGCUUUAAAUUUGUUUUUCACAGACGUCCAGUCGGGGCAUGGGGGUCAGAUCCUUACAACAACAAACACAAUACACACACGAUAUGAAUGCAAAGUAUAUGAAAGGUAUAUGAAAGGUAAACAAAUCGAAUGGUCGGACGAAGAGGCGAUACGAGUGCUGGCAUCCGUUCUGGAUGAUGAUGUGCUCGACUCUUACACCUCCCUUCUUGCGCAAGCAAGACCACGCUACAGGCAGCCUACGAGGCUUUGAGGGAAAUCUACUCACCUGCCGGGGGCGCCUUCAAACGGUUUCAGGCCCGCCAUUGGGGGGCUAGAGAGUUAAACUCUAGCCUACACGGGUGCACUGCUGGUGUUGGCAAGGAGAGCCUUUCCUCGCCUGGCCGACGAGGCACUCGAGAACCUCGUGGUCAAGCUCUUUGCUGCCUACGCUUGCCGUGCCGGCGUUGUUAUGCCGGUGGUGACGCCCGACGAGCUUACCUCACUGUAGGCCGCCCGGAUACUGCAGGCCCAUAAACAGGCCAUGAGUUGGGUGCGACCGGUGGGCCAGGUGGUGGGCACCGCGGGAGGGAGCAGUCGGCCAUUUACCGUGGCGCUACCAGGGCCAGCGACACAAACCGCCAUGCUUGAACCACUGCCCGCGUGCUCUCUACGCGGCAGCUCAGGACGGACCUCCAGUAGCUGAAUUCGGAGCCAUCACUGCGGGUGGCAUUUGGGCCGGGGGUGACGUCGAGACCCGGUGUUGACUUCGCCAAGGGAAGUGUCGACGAUGUUUAUUGGUGACACCAGUGGGUUGCCAGGGCCAAUGCCCCCGGUGCGGCAAUAGCACACCUGCUCACUGGCACGCUGCAGAGCCUUCUCGCGCACCGCCGCGCUUACGCAAAUGUGGCGGCGCAAGACGUGGCCUGCAAAGGGCAGGUGGGGCGGGUGGGCUGGGUGGGGCACCCACACCCUGCACCACGAUGGGGGGCCCACACCACAUGGGAGACCCACCCCACAUCAUAUGUGGGGCCCACCCCACAUCACAUGGGGGGCCCACCCCGCACCACAAUGGGGAGCCCACCCUGCACCACAAUCAGGGGUCCAUCCCGCACCAAAAUUGGGGGCCCACACCACACCACAUGGUGGGCUCCAACCCACAUCACAUGGGAGGCCCACCCCGCACCACAAUGAGGGGUCCAAGACGACGUUCUUCGUGGCCAACGGAGGGAGUAUGGGCUUCCUGGGCCAGGUUGAGGCCCCUAUACAAAUUGGGCAGUUGUCGGUUUCAGGACCCAUUAUUGUCUCCACAACGCUUCCCGUGCCCCGCCUGUUGGCGACGGACUUUUUGAGGCAAAUGCCGAUGAAAAUCGAUCUGGACAAUGGUCGGAUGGAAGUCCAGGGAACGCAUCUCCAUUUCCUGAAGGUGUAAGGAGCUCGCCGGAGGGUACCGCACGCACAUGCAGCCUCUGGUCAGUGAGUCUGUCUCCAUUCCCACAGUAGCCCAGAUACUAAGACCGCUGCGAUAUCGGUCCCCCAUCGUGACGGUCCCAGCCGGACUCCCCCAUCCUGGUGUCUCCAGCGCAAGCCGCCACGGAUCGCCACACAAUGGUGCGGGCCGAGACGAUUGUGUCCAGGGGAAUCAGCAUCUGUUCAUUCAAGUCCUGAACACCUCGGACAGGGAAACCGACAAUGCGGGCGGGAACGGUUCUGGCCCAUGUCAGUCCCUUGUCAAUAGGAAUCCCUGGGACAUGGCCAGAGGUCGUGGGAAGCGUUGACAAGUCCGAGGACAGAGGGGACGACGCGUGGAUGGACCAGCUGGCGGAGCCAUGGCCAGAUUUGCAGCCCACUGGCUGCACUCAUUGGUCCGCAAGUUCUCCGACGUGUUCAACCGGGAACGCUGGAAAAAGGGCACAACCAGCAAGCGGUGCAGGAGAUGCUGCAGGCCGACAUCAUUUCCCCUUCGUCAAGUUCAUGGCAGGCUCCGGUGGUCCUAGUCAAAAAGUCAGGCGAGUCACUGAGAUUCUGUGUAGACUUCCACUGCCUCAGCACCGUUAUGCUUGCUGACUCAUAUAUCUCCUACCGUGUAUAGAUUAUGCACCUGACGCAUUGGCGGGAGAAAAAUUCUUCAGUACGCGGGAUUUAUUGUCUGGUAUAUUAGUCACGUAUACCAUUGUAUGGGCCUUCAGAUUGCAUCGGCAAUCUUUCAGUUCAAAAUUUAGUUGACCUUAGCAGUCCUAAAAUGGUUUACAUGCCUACAAUACAUGGACAAUGUCAAUGUAUUCAUCCGGUUCUUCGCCGAAUACAUUGGCUCUAUGUGAUGAGUAUAUGGAUCUCUGCGUUGUGUGUCUAUGGGUAUC